UUGUUGCAUGUUGCAUUCAUAUGUUUGUUCAGUAUAUAUAAUUCUAUAGUAAGUACUGUAGUUUUCUAUAAAAAACUAGGAUUUUUUAUUGUGGGGGCCUCCCCCUCCUAUUUUCCCUCUACUUCCUCCAUCCUCUCUCACCAACACACACAGUCUGACACACUGACUUACACACACUCUCUCUUCCUCUAUAGCCAGUGACAGGUUGUCCCAGUGGGAGACAGCGAGGAUUAGCACUAUCCCACAAGCUGUUGCCUUGGAACAGGGAGAGGGGAUGGAUUGAUGGAGAAAAAGAGUUAAGGAGUUAAAGAAAAAAGGCAUUAUGAGAAUGGGAUAAGGAUAAGGAUGACAGUCCUUUUGGAAUGUCGGUAUGCAGGAUUACACAGGGAUUAUUUAACUGUGUGUGUGGCUAUGUGUGUGGAAUCUCUGGAUCAGUCUUAACAUGACACAUUAACACAUGUUACCAGCACUAUGUUUUGGUAUUCCACAUGUCCCCUCUUGCUGUUCAUUUACCAUGCAUGAUAUUUCCCCUCACUCCAUCACUUUUUUUUAACGUUCUCUUAAUUUCUCCCUCUCCUCCCACUCUUUUUCUUCUCACUCUCUCUCGAAAUGAAAUAUUAAUUGGUAGCCAGGGAGUAACUGAACCACCAGCGCAACCCACAGUGACUCUGCCAUCAAAGAGCUCUACCCUCAUCUCUCUGCUGGCCACGCCAUCACUUCACCCACCAUCUGUAACAAGAAACACUCUCCCUCUCGUCCUCUCUCUGUCUCAACACUGUAUAAGUAAGUCUGCCACGGCAGUGAGGUGCAACACAUUAGUCGACUGGGUCAACGUUGUUCUUGUACCUUUCUUUUUUUGGUUUGAAGUAACAGACAAUUAUGGUGAGAAUUCUGGGUAGUUUCCAAGCAACCUACAUGAACUGCUUUGAGGGAAACAGGACGGACUUUGAAGCUUUGGUCUGUCUGUCUGAUGAAUAAACUGGCCCCAUCAGGAAAUAAUCAGGGAUGGAGGGAAGGAAUUAAAGGGAUAGAGGUAGAUGAGGAAUGCAUUUAUCAGCAGGUAAGAGAGCUGGAGGGAGGGUAAAAGGAAAGGGGGAGCGUGGGAAUUGAGGAGAGAUAGAUGAAGCUGAGAGAAGAGGGGGAGGAUAGAAGGAGUACAAAUAUUUGAUCUGGUCUGUGCUCAUGGGUGCUUUGUGAAGUAAUACUACUACAGUAUGUUACUACAACACUCUACAAACAUGUGAAGCUGAGUGUGUGUGUGCGUGCGUGCGUGCGUGCGUGUGUGUGUGUGUGCGCGCGUCUGUGUGGGUGUGCGUGCGUGUGUCUGUUUCUGGAGGAAGGGCCCUGGUGGUCAAAAGUAGUGCACUAUAUAAGGAAUAGGGUGCCAUUUGGCAUGCAAGCUCAGUAGACGGAGGGCUGGGGCUGUAGACUAAUGAGGCUGAAAAUAGAGAAUGAGAGCCAGUGGGUGACGACCCGUCAAGAGUGUGUGUGUCUGUAUCGGUGUGUGUGUGCCUUGUGUAAUAAAUCCCAUCUACAAUUCAAUCCAAUUACGCAUUACAAUAUGUAUUUCUAUUGAAAGUAUCUGGUGUUCUAAAAAACGAAUCCUAAAAUAAAAGGGUAAUAUGAAUGUCCCCUCCUCACUGUAACGUCCAUCCCGGUCACUCUAACCUGGCUCCUACCUCUGUUCUGUUUGAACUAGUGUGGCCACACAGAUAACAGGACCACUAUCAGCUGUCUGUCAGGGAGAGAAAGGGAGAAAAAAAUUGACAAAAUGAAAAUGUACUACAAGUGUAUUUUUGCCCUGUCACAUUUAUUGAGGAUCCAGAGAGAGUGAGGGGAAGAGAGAGUCUCACAACUUCUUGUGAAAAAACAAAGUAAGUAAUGCAUUAGCCAUCCUACUGCUGCUUCAUACUGGGAAUGUUGGAGCGGUGGGCCUUCAAUAAUAUAUUGAUUCUCUUUAGCGGUGCUUGAUUCUCAGGGUAGCUAACUGGAAUCACAUUGUGUCUGUGCUUUGAUGAGGAGAGGAGAUUGUUAGAUUUGUGUUAAGGAAUACUGGCUGGCUGUUUCUGGCUGGCUGUCUGGUGGCUGGCUGUCUUUUCUGUCUGUCUGUCCGCCUGCUUGCCCGGUUAUGACUCCGUCACAUUUCCCUUUGUUUCCUUUAUGCCUGUUAAUCUGUCAUGACUCUUGACUCAACAACUGCCUUCUUCUGAGUUUUGAAUAUUAUAAAGCAGAUUAUAUUUGGAGGUAAUGUGAAUUGAUGUUUUCACUCUCUCCCAGCAUGGCGAGGCAGGGCAUGGGUCGUCUCUCUCAUUCCGUCUGUUUGGUAUUGACAUGUCUGUCCCUGGCUCUCCACCUCAUCCUGGCCCUCUUCUGUCUCUCCGUCCUCCAAACAUCCUGCGUUAUCCCCCCCCCCUCCUCCUGUUCCUCCUCUUUGUCUUUUCCUGGAACUGUUCCCCAUGGAAAACAGGGGAGAUCUCACUCCCUUUCCUCACAAAGCAGCUCACACAAAUUACCAGUAAGUCGCAUGAAUGGAGACUUUACCAAAAUGGCCGCCCACAUAGACCACAAGGUGGAGGCCUCAUUCAACAUUGUCAAUGAGAAGGAGAAGGACAAAAAGCUGAUUCAAACCAAAAUGGCCACCAAAGUCAGCCAACGGAUCAGCAGUCGCUCCAAGCUGGAGGCCCUCUUCAGCCACCCGCUGUACAACCUGCCACGCAAACAUCUGCUGGAAGACGAUUGGCUGCUGAAGUUGAAGCCAAAGAACAAGGGAGGGGACAGUGAGGAGGAAGAUGAGGAGGAGGACAGUGACAAAAGCAGUGAAGAUAGUGAGUGGCAGAGUGACAGCGAGGAGGAUGGCUAUGACCGAGCUAAUUGGACUAGAAGUGCGGACACCCACCCUGCCUGGCUGAGGUACCACCUUGGGAUCUCUCGCUGGGAGCUGUAUGACAGGAAUGACCCUAGCGUUGCCGAGGUGACUCAACAGAUGGCCACACAACGCAUCCUCAGCGCAGUGCAGAAGAGUGGGGGUACCCAGCUCAAGCUGAUCAUGUCAUUCCCCAACUACGGACAGGCCCUCCUCAAACCCAUGAGGCAGGAGAGAGAUGCAGAGACAGACUUCAACCUGUUCUACUUUUCUGACUUUGAGAGACACAAUGCAGAGAUUGCUGCCUUCCACCUAGACAGGGUGCUAGGUUUCUGUAGAAUCCCUCCAGUGGUAGGUAGACUCAUCAACAUAACCACAGAGAUCAGAGCUAUCACCACAGACCACAAACUAUCCAGAACCUUCUUCACCUCUCCUGUGGGUAAUUUGUGUUUCCACGGCCAGUGUGAAUACUACUGCUCCACAGAGAACCCAGUGUGUGGUCGACCCCAGGUCUUGGAGGUGUCCCUGGCCUCCAUGCUGCCUGACCUCUCCCUGGCCCCCAGACGCUCCUGGAGGUCCCCUUGGAGGCGCUCCUACAGCCGCACCAAACUGGCACCAUGGGAAAAGAACCCAGAUUACUGUGACACGGUGAAACAGACUCCUCCAUACAACCAAGGCACCAGAUUAGUGGAUCUAAUUGACAUGGUCAUUCUGGACUUCCUCAUGAGUAAUAUGGACAGACAUCACUACGAGACUUUUGAGAAGUUUGGGAAUGACACUUUCCUGCUGCACCUAGACAACGGGAGGGCGUUUGGGCGUCAUUCUGUGGAUGAACCCUCCAUAUUGGUGCCCUUACGACAGUGUUGCAGGAUCCGUCGCUCCACUCUCAUGCGUCUGCGUCUCCUGUCCCUCCCGGGCUUCCGUCUGAGUGAUGUCAUGAGGGAGUCUCUGUCCCAGGAUCCCCUGGAGAGUGUGGCCCCCCUCCUCUCUGUACAACACCUCUCCGUGCUGGACCGUCGUCUGAAAACCAUCCUGCAGGCUGUACACACCUGUCUGGAGCACCAUGAUGACGUUAUCCAUGAUGACCUACAGGGAUAUGAUGUUAACUUAUACCGGCACUAGAAUAUGUCAUUGGAGCUGUGGUUGAUGAUGAGAUUAUUGUAUUAUCAAUCAAUCAGUUAAUUAUGUGUAUACAUUCAUGGCACAUUUUAACUGUGUGUGUUGCCUAAUGAAAACAAAAAUUAUAAAGUGU